UCAUGUGACACCUUUGACAAUUGAAGAGAAAUGUACACACUUUUUAACCUUGUUAGACUUAUUUCUGUAAAGAAUGAAAUAAAUCCGGUGACAAUAGAAAACUUUGCAUGGAGACAACAUGGAGAAAGUAGUUUGUUGGCUUUGGCCUGCUCCAAUGGCUUUAUCAUUCUAAGACACUGCAACUCUGGGAGCCAACCAUUGGUUAAGCAGUUGCCAUGGCCACCAGACCAUCCAAUCAGGUCAAUGUGCUUCGAUCCUACAGUCACAUGGCUACUAGUGCUUACAGAAAAUGGAAACUUGUUCAUUAUCCCAGCACUGCCUAUGCUGGACCCAAGUGUUCAGGUGAACCACCAGUGGUCAGUAGAUGAUGUCACCAUUGUAACUUGCCUCACCCCACGGGCCCUCCCCACCCACUGUGUCUGGUGGCAGACUCUGGAUGGCAGGCACAUCGCCAUUGUUGCUACAACGGUUGGUGAACUGUUAUAUGUGGACUUGGAGCGUGGCUGUCAGGUGGCGGAGCGGGUCGUGGAUGAACAUAUCCGCAGUACAGAGCUUGUGCAAGAUGACCAACAGACUCUCACGAGCCUUCUGGUGACAGGUAAAACAGGGAAACAGUGGAAGCUGUUGCUGGAGAAGAAGUGGCCACUUGUCAAUACCAUGGAAUCAGAGGUGGCGCUUGAAUUGGGGUAUGAUAACAUUGAUGGCAAGUCUCUCCCUCUACGGAGCAUACUCGAUAGACAUGUUGAGAACCAGGAGGAAAGAUACCCACCAGAGUUGCUGUCCCAGUUUGCCCGUUCUGUGACCUUGACCUCUCAGUAUGCAAGGGGCAGGCACCUUGUUACUGCUUACUGUACCAAAAAUUCCACUUAUGAGGUGUAUGCGAGUGACCUGCAUCACAACCCCCUGUUUGUGUAUCAGUUACCUGUUGGUUCCCUGUUUACCACACUAACAGAUAGGGUCACAUUUGUGGCAAGCAAGUUAGCCGGGAACCAGAAACUCCUUGUAUUGUCCAAUCAGCGGGCUGAGAUUUCUUCAGACAAUUAUGAGGAAUUUAACAAAGAGUCAGUUCUACAACAAUUUGAAUUUUCUGCAGAUGAGAAGUUGAUGUCCAUUUUUCCAAAAUCAUUUCCAUUUUACUGGCAUGAGAAGUUAGAAAAUGACUUUUCAAGACACCCUCAGGACACUGACUAUAAGCAAGCAGACAAUGUGCCGUCUGCACUUGAUAUUCCUUUAAGCUCUCACACUGUAAUAGAUGGCUGUAUUAUUGUCACAGAAAACACUGUCUAUGAGUGUAGACCUAGGGUAUCCCCUGAGAGGUUAUUUUUAGAACUUUGUAUCAACCAAUCAGACUCCUCCUUGAUAGAUCAGCUUGGAAUAAGCCUUGGUUUGGAUUUAAAUAUCCUAUUUGAGAGAGCUGCAGAAUACUUGCUCAGUCAAGGUGUAAGUAAGCAGGCUACAAGGUUAUUUCACAUGUCAAAGGGAAGUCCAUUGCUACGGGUGGCGAGUUUUUCCAAGUAUGGAUAUAUACACGAGAUAUUGCCCUACAUUCAGCAGCUUUUGAGGAAAGAUGAGUCGGACAUUAGUGGGGCAGAUCAGCACAGACUUGUGGAACUGGGCCUGCAUGGGCUAGUAUACAGACUCACACUGGAACAGGAUAAUACUGAGAUCAUCCAAAUGUUCAGGAAGUUUGUUCAAGACUACACAGACUAUGAAGAAGUACAGAAGCUGACCGUCCAUCUGUUGACUGAAGCUGGUCUGUUAGAUAUUCUCUUCGACUUUGCAAUGGCCCGAGGUUUGGUGAUUGAGGCCCUGCAGAGCCUGGCUGACCACAGUCUCUACCAGUUGCCGGACACCACACUGACCAGUCUACUGGACAGAGGGUUUGGUGGUCACCUCGCUCAGGUGGCUGCAGGAGCUUUCCUACACCUUCUGGCCACUCCUCAUCUUAUUCACAUUUUCUGUGAGCGCCCUCAACUUGUUUCCCAAUAUCCGGACCUGUUGCUAGGCAACCUCAGUGACCUUGACUCUAGCCAGCUGUUGGAAGUAGCUGAGGGGCUGGACCCUUCCAGACCCCUAAUUAGGGGCCUCAUUCAUCGCAGGCUACAUUCUAGACACAGGACUAGUUCUCUUAUAUCGUUCACCAGUUCUGGAGAUUUUGGAGAUGCUGCAACAAACAGAGGACCAUAUAACCAAGGGGAUGUGAGAAGUGGGGAUGCAGGUAGACUGGUCCACUGUUUCUUGAUGAUUGUGCUGCAUCUUAACAAGAAACGCGCCCAAUCUGGCGAACCAGUCAACCUGGACUUUCUAUUCACAGAUAUUCCUGAGUACCUUGAAACACUAGUGUCUAGUCAGCUGCAAGGUCCCCGGAAGAUCUCAUGUGGACCAAUGCCAGUGGGAGCUGGACAGACCCACGGGGCUGCUGUUCUAAGGAAUGGGGAUGUCUACACGUGGGGAAAAAACAACAAUGGCAGGCUUGGUCAUGGUGAUCAGAAGGCCUCAUCACUUUCAAGUGGACCAGGCAGAGUGGGGACUCUGGCCACCUUGCAGAUCCGGGUCACUUCUGUCGCCUGUGGGAUGAACCACACACUUGCUCUCACACAACAAGGGGUGUAUGGCUGGGGUUGGAGCAAGUACGGUCAGGUGGGGUUGGGUACCACCCAUGUGUACACACGCCCCAUGCUGAUAGAUUCCCUGACUGGUGUCCACUGUGUAGCUGUUGACUGCGGCCAGUACCACAGUCUCGCACUCACUGAUGAAGCCAAAGUGUACAGCUGGGGCUGGGGCGUGCAUGGGCAGCUGGGUCAUGGUGAUACAGAGGAGCAGCUAGUUCCCAAGUGUGUGUCUGACCUGGAGAACCAAACCAUUGUUAAAGUUGCCGGGGGUUACUGCCACUCCCUUGUUCUUAACAGUAAGGGUGAAGUUUAUGUCUUUGGUAGCAGCUUUUUUGGGCAACUAGGACAAGGAAACAGUGUAAAACAUGCCAGACCUGUGAAGGUUUCCCUCAUACCAGACAAGGUCAUCACCAUGGCAACCAAGUUCUUCCACUCUGUUGCAGUGACAGCCAAAAACACUGUUUACCAGUGGGGGAGCCACCCUCAUGGCCUGCGGCACUUUAUCCACUCACAAAGGCGUGCUCGACAGGCUGGCAAACCAGCGUUCCAGGAGGCAGACGCACACCUCCGCCCACAGAGGGUUGACACCUCGUAUGUGCAUGGCAAGAUCAAACAGGUGGUGUGUGGCAGUUUCCACUCAUGUCUGCUGACCAAGAAUGGGGAAGUGUACACCUGGGGUCGCAACCUAGACGGUCAGCUGGGAAACGGCACCAGGCAGGAUAUCAUGGUUCCCCAGAUGGUUACAUCAAUCAAUGAUCGUCAUAUCUCACACCUCGUGGCAGGUGGAGAGUUUAAUAUUGCUAUGGAUACCGAUAGCCAACUGUUUGUUUGGGGCCGGAAUGAGUUCUGCCAACUUGGCCUUCAGCCGGGAGAUGUCAAGCAGACAACAAAGGUGAUUCGCGUGACAGGUGGAAGCAAGUCCACAGGGUCUGAACUUACAGAGAUGUUGGUUCCCGCCCCCCUCAACCUGGUACCAAACACACCAUCAUCCUCCCUAUCACCAUGGCAACACAGGGCCCAUACAGAUAAUGUCAGCCUUUUGUCAUGGACAGAGGAUGAGGAUGAUGAGGAGGUAACCAGUCUACAAUUGCCAAAUCUGCAGGAAGUGGGACCUAGUCUGUAUGACAGGAUGGUCAUUCCAAUUCUUGUUAAGAGCCUGUCAAGCUUGUGUGACUUGAAGAAGCUGCUGCACGAAGCUGUUGGAAUGAAGGACUGGGCGACAGCUGCAAGUCUGUGUAAAGAUCAGCAUAGUUAUACACAGGCAUGUAGUUUUCACCUGAUGGCAUUGAGGGAACAGCAAGAUGGCUCGAAUGUGGAAGAGUUUACCUCUCGGAGUCUGCAUGUGAUUGGUUACUAUGGCAACCUGCUGGAGGACUGUGCCAUCUCAAGCCUGGAUGAGGAUUGGAAACAGCUCAUCUACCUUGUUCUUUACCACUGGCAGAUGGAGUCCCUGCUGGUUCCCAUGUUGGAGACUUUCUUCUCCGACCGCCUCCCCGACUUUGACGUCAUUCUCGCCACAAUCCUGUUCAGAAAACCAGAUGCUGAUAAGGACACAUGUGAAGAUCCCACUUUGUACCAGCCAUCGCAAACAUUCCUUUGUCAAUUUUCCACGAGCUUCUGUUUAAAGUUGUCAUCAAACGUGCUACACAAAAUAUCAACAGGAGAUCCACGCUUCAUGUCUUCAUCUGCACUAUCUGCUAUCAAACAGCUAGGUGGUGGCUCAUUUGAUACCAUUCAGAAGUCAAUGCUGGAGGGGGACCGACUUUCAUACGACCACUUGUGGCAGGAUAUCAUACAGAACCUAGAGAAAGGUCGGGACACGCGGAACUACAUCUACAUCACUCACAGUGAGCUUGACAGACUUUGUGAGCAGCUGAGUGACACGGAUCAAGGGGAAGUCACUCCAGCUGUCUUCUUUACAUGUGGCCACUAUUUCACCAAACAGUCAUUUGUGAAUGAAAUAGAGAAACUGAAUAUAGAGUCAUUUGUAGGAGGCUUCAGGCUCCCAGAGACGUUAUCUGUGAUAAAGGAAUAUUACGGUAGGAAGAGCUGUAUGCCCCUCGCUUGUCCUAAAUGUGUCCUUGGUGCCAUUUUGUCAAUACUAUAAAUAGAUUUCUUGAUACACUAAAACAUUUUAUCAUUGUGCUUCACAUGUUUGCCUUUGUGUUUAAAAGCUCUGCAAAUUCUAGAAUUCUGGAAAUGUAUGAUUUAUUCUAGUUGUUUUUAAAGGAAUAUUUUGUUAGUUUACCGUAUUUUAAACAAAGACAUAGAAAACCAGGUUACAUUUUAAAAUAUUUAUUUUAUCAAUAUUAGAUAUGUCACUUGUUUUUUGUGUAUUUGUUCCAUUGUUGAAAAAACACUAGACCAGUGCAUGGAAAUUCCAUGCAAUGUGCAAUAUUUGUUUCUUAUUAUAUGUAAUAAAUUUUACGGUAUUCAGAAAA